AUGCCAGUCACAUCUAAGUUGUACAAUCAUCAUUGUUUACCUGUGUCGUCCUCUCGCACCUCUAUUUUCUAUAGCACUGUUCCUGUUUUCUUGAAUAUGCCCAAAGCCGCCAGGUCGAAACAGAGACUCUUUCAUCAGCAGACUGUGAAGCCCUCAACUCGUAAGUUCGCUGAUGGCAACACCGUUGAGCAUGUCGAGGUAGGAUCACAUGCGGAUACUACCGGCAAUGAAAUCUUGGCGGAGAUGGCUACUUCCGAGGAGCCUUCAAAGGUCAUGAAGAAGAAGGAUAAACUAGCAAUGAAGCAUGAGCUCUUUCUACAACGCCUUGAAUCAGCACAGUCGCCAUAUUCCAAAUCUCAUGAGCGGCGACUGAAGCGAAAAGCAAAGGAACAAGUUGCUGGUGGAAUGAAUGACAUUCAAGCCGCACUUUCAGCUGUUGCGGGUGAGACUGCAGAUACAGAUGCAGACUCUGUGCCGCAUGCUUCAGCGGACGACUCGAUAAAGGUUCCGUCCAAACCAAAACCUGGACAAAUAGGAGAAGGGAAAAGUGGUCCUUUGAGCAAAACUCAGAGGAAGAAGGCUUUGCAAACUGAAAGGCUUCGUAUACCCAUGAUUCUGUCAAACCCAGAGUUCGCCUCCAAUCCCUUCCAGACUAUCCGGACCCACGCGCAAAAUACGCUCCUGAAACAUCAGACACCUCCAUGACGUUCCAAGAACCUUUGGGCUCUUGGUGUCGUCACUGCAGAUCUACCCAGCAGAGCAGUAGCGAAUGCACAUCGCUGCUGCACAAUUGCACUGUAUAGUCACGCAUAUGCUCUCCCUCUGCGCCAGGACAUAACCUCAAGAGAGCAUCCAGAAGCUCAAUGUAAAUGUGUGAGGCAAGAGAGAAAAACCUGUUGUACUGGGUAUACAUGACAUGUGGCUCCCUGUUUCUACUAGGAUUGGACCACUGUAUCAGUAUUAUAAUGUAGAAAAGUAUAUGAACAUAGAAAGUCAUAGUAAUCAU